UAAAUAACAAUGAAACGAAUAAUAUUUAUGUUAGUAUCCCAGAGGACGGUAAAAAGACUGUCGUAAAAGUGAUUAAAAUGAGUGACAUUCAAGAAAUGGACAAAAAUGUGUUAAAAAGUGCUCUGAAAACAAGUAACGAUGCUUCGGAAGCGUCUUCCUCGUCGUCGGGACCUCGUGUAAAAUUCGCUCUGGAUCAUAAACAACCAUUUGCGCCGAUUCAUCUUCAAAGUUUGGACCAAAUUAGUGAUUCGCCACGAGUUAGCAGGAUUCAGGCGCCUUUUGCGCCAAUUCAUCUCACACAAGGCAUCGACGAUGCCCAAAUUUCGGAUCAAGAAGACGCCAAAAGCGAUGAUUUCUUCCACAAAACCGGAAAAACGGCAGAUUCCGAGGUCAUUUUGAGUGAAAAAAGUAAAAAUAAAGCAGAACGUCGUGAAAGUUUCAAAAAAGAUCGUUUAGAUAUCUCUUACCAUACGGAACUUUUCAACGACGGCGACUUGCCCGUGGUCGAAAAGAAGCCCGAAGUCCUUGCACCGCCCAAAUCUCCGCGUCCCAUACGAAAAAUCUCGUCGCCUCCCGUCCUCGGAGGCUAUCAGGGGCGCAUCCAGCGUGUCAGUAAUCCAUUUAUGCCGCCCAGUUUCCAGCCAACGAUCCAAAUUCAGAACUACGAUACCGGAAGUCCUCCUUUAACGCCCAAAUUGGAGCAAAAAAUUGAAAUUUCCGACACUCCCGGCUCUUUGAACGUCACAGAUGACGAUGAAAUUCAAAGAGAUCUCGAUGGAAGUGUCCCAAAAUCCGAGUUUAAUGCCCAAAAAACGUGGUACGAUCUCUUUGAUCGCGUUCGACGUCACGAAGAUUUAACGCUUCCGCCGCGCCAGCGUCAAACGAGAUCCUACGAGUCGCUCUACGGCACGUCACAAGUGCCUUAUGGUCCGUUGCUGCCUCCUUCGAGUCCCGCCAGCGACAGAGUCCGCAAAAUUUCGACGCCAAAUCCACCGACGCAGCCCAUGAUGAAAAGUAUUGACAUCACGAACCUCGGCUGCAACGACGAUUUGGUCCUGGAAACGGAUAAACGAUGGACAAUGCCGCAGGAAAGCUUCUACAGACCGCCGCCAACGUAUGACGACAUCAAACAAAAGUCCCGUGUCAUUUCGCGAAGUCAUCGCAAGACAUCCGUUCUCGAUGGAAAUGCGCCAAGUGUCAUCUACAAAUGUGUCUAUGCAUUCCGGAGUGCCAAUACGCUGGAGACACAGUGCAGUUGCAACGUGAUUCUCGUGAAUUUUGACACGUUCAACGAGCGCGAAAUCGAUUCCGUGGAAAUUGAAAAAGCACAUCGUGCCCUAGAAUUGCUCGAAGAUUACCAUAAUCGUUUGGAGUCGGCGGAAGAUCGUGCGUUACGUACAGCCAUUGAACGAGUUAUUAGGAUUUUCAAGUCAAGACUCUUUCAAGCACUUUUAGACAUCCAAGAAUUCUAUGAAUUGACUCUCUUGGACGACUCGAAAUCCAUUCAGCAGAAGACAACAGAGACACUUUUGAUUGCCAGCAAAUGGGAGCAGGAAACUGUCAAGUGCACAGAUGCUAAUGAUAAUAACCGAGUGUCAAGUAACUUACCACUGACCCAAGCAUUGUACAAUUUGCAAGAACAACAAGCAAUACAGCUACAACAACAGCAUGACGCCUUAAUUCGUGAGGUGCAACAAGCUCAGACUCAACGAUUCCAUCACGAGGACGAAAAAUCGGAUGUUAGUCGUCCCACGAGCGAAGCAAGCAAUAAGCUAGAAGGUCCCGUAACGGCAACUCGUGUCAGCAAGCCAUCUUCCCCGAAACCGCCAAAGGCGUCAAAUGAUGCUAAACACAUCAAUGGCGACGAUAUGUGGCAAUAUGAGGAAAUUGCUCUCGUACGUGGCGUCACGGGUCUCGGAUUCUCGAUUGCAGGCGGCACAGAUAACCCGCACAUCGGCACAGAUACUUCAAUAUACAUAACAAAGGUGAUUCCGGGCGGCGCUGCCUAUGCCGACGGUCGUUUGCAGAUCAACGACAUCAUUUGUGCCGUAAACGACGUCAAUGUGGUCGAUGUGACACACGCAACGGCCGUCGAAGCGCUCAAAAGUGCCGGCGACAAGGUAAAAUUGAACGUAAAACGCAAACGUGGUCCGCCUCCGCCAAAAAUCAUCGAGAUCGAACUAGUCAAGGGCACGAAAGGCUUGGGAUUUUCCAUUGCCGGCGGCAUCGGGAACCAACAUAUCCCAGGCGACAACGGAAUUUACGUGACAAAAGUGAUGGAAGGCGGCGCAGCGCAUGCCGAUGGACGUCUCGCGGUUGGCGAUAAGCUCGUUGGCGUGCGACAUCACGACGACGACAAAAAUUUGGAGAAUGUAACGCACGAGGAGGCCGUUGCGACACUCAAAUCGAUUACGGAUCGCGCCACGCUCGUCGUGCAAAAGACGCAACUCAUGGUCGUGAGUCAUUCGGCGAUGAACAAUGCGAAUUCGCUGUCUGCCGUUAACAAUGUCGGGCAAACUGUUGUCGAUCACAGCCAUAUCGAGCGAUCAGCAUCACCCUUGCAUGCAGCUACGGAAGGCACACCGUCGCGUUAUGCAUCUUCGAAUGUUUUGGCAGCUGUUCCGCCAGGCACGCCACGCGCCGUUAGUCAUGAAGAUAUCACCAGAGAACCACGAACAAUUACCAUCCAAAAGGGCGGUUCCGGACUCGGAUUCAACAUUGUCGGCGGCGAAGACGGUCAAGGCAUCUUCGUAUCUUACAUUCUCCCGGGAGGAGCAGCCGAUCAAGGCGGCGAAUUAAAGCGCGGCGAUCAACUCUUGAGCGUCAAUGGCGUUUCCAUUCAGAGAGCAACACAUGAAGAAGCUGCAGCAGCACUCAAAAACGCUGGACAAGUCGCCACUCUUGUCACACAAUACCGACCCGAGGACUACAACAACUUCGAAGCUCGAAUUCAUGCCAUUAAACAAGCUGGCAGUCUCAACAUUGGCACGGGAACACUUCUGAGGACAUCACAAAAAAGAUCGCUUUAUGUGCGAGCUCUCUUCGAUUACGAUCCCAAUCGUGACGAUGGACUGCCAACGCGUGGAUUGCCAUUCAAACAUGGCGACAUUUUGCACGUCACAAAUGCAUCCGAUGACGAAUGGUGGCAGGCACGAAGGGUAAUUGGCGACGGGGAAGAAGACUCGAUCGGCAUUGUUCCGUCGAAACGACGCUGGGAACGGAAACAACGGGCACGCGAUCGCAGCGUCAAAUUUCAAGGACAUGCUCAAAAUAAUGCAAUGGAAAAAAUGUCAACCUUGGACCGCAAAAAGAACAAAAACUUUUCAUUUUCACGACGUUUUCCAUUUAUGAAGAGCAAAGAUGAACGCAAUGAAGAUGGUUCAGAUCAAGAACCUACAAACGGACACAUUUUCGAUCAAAAUCAUGUUGAACAAGAACAACCUUUCAUGCUCUGUUAUACUCAAGACGAUGCGAAUGCUGAAGGUGAGAUUAUCUACCGAGUGGAGUUACCCGACAUGGAGCAGAUUACUCUUAUCUACCUGGAGAAUAACGACGCUGACUAUCCAUCAGACGAAAAUGUAAUCUCCUAUGAGCCCGUUCAGCGAUUACAGAUCAACUACACAAGGCCUGUAAUUAUUUUGGGUCCCUUGAAGGAUCGAGUGAAUGAUGACUUAAUAUCGGAAUAUCCCGAGAAAUUUGGCUCAUGUGUGCCACAUACCACACGACCUAAGCGCGAUUACGAAGUCGAUGGUCGCGAUUAUCAUUUUGUUGCGUCGCGCGAACAAAUGGAACAAGAUAUCCAGAAUCAUUUGUUCAUUGAGGCAGGGCAGUACAAUGACAAUCUGUAUGGCACCUCAGUUUCGAGUGUUCGUGAAGUUGCUGAAAAGCAAAAGAAACAUUGCAUACUUGAUGUAUCGGGCAAUGCUAUUAAACGGCUACAGGUAGCUCUUUUGUAUCCAAUCGCAAUAUUCAUUAAGCCAAAAUCAGUUGAAUCUAUCAUGGAAAUGAAUCGCCGCAUGACCGAAGAACAAGCAAAGAAAACGUAUGAACGUGCUCUCAAAAUGGAGCAAGAAUUCGGUGAAUACUUUACAGCUGUCGUUCAAGGUGAUACAAUCGAGGAAAUCUACACAAAAGUAAAGAAUGUCGUGUGGGCCCAAUCUGGACCAACAAUUUGGGUGCCAUCGAAGGAAAAUCUAUGACCAGAGCCAAUACAAUGGACACUUCCGCCUAGAGUCAAAUGUAGGCCAGUCUCUCGAUCCGGAUAUCAUUAAAACCAAUUAACACAGGAGCAUUUCUACAAAAUAACAAAAAAAAAAUUGACACAAAAAUUCAAAUGAUGCCAAAAAUCAGUCGAGAAACUUUUU